CUCCCUCUUCUUUCUCCCCUCGCUUUUCUCUAUUUAUCCCCAUUUAUCUCCCAUCUUCCCCUUCUCUUCAUUUCCAUCUUUUCCUGUGUUGUCUCUUCUUCGUUGCGUCGGUGAAAUCCCUAGGUUAUAAAUACACUCUUCGACCCCGGGCGCGAUCGCACCCAUAAAUCUUGGUUCCCUCUCAACACGCAAACUUAACUUUCCCGCACGCAGUAUCACCAGCCUUCUCUGCUCCCCGUGGUGCUUUUAAAAUAUGGGUGCCUAUCGUCUCGAGCAAGCCUCAACUGGCCGCGCUGGUUGCAAAAACAAAGAAUGUAAAGACCAGGGUAUCAAAAUCCUCAAGGGUGAGUUGCGCCAUGGCUCGUGGGUUGAUACCGAACGCUUUCAGAGCUACUUCUGGCGUCACUGGGGCUGCGUCACCCCCAAGAUCAUUGCUAAUAUGGUCGAAACGGUUGGUGAAGAGGGCGAGAGGGACUGGUCGGCCUUGGAUGGCUACGACGAGCUCCCUGAGGACCUGCAGGAGAAGGUUCGCAGGGCGAUAGAGCAGGGCCAUGUCGAUGAUGAGGACUGGAAGGGGGAUGUCGAACUCAAUCGGCCUGGAAAGACGGGCUUCCGGAAGCGUGUGACUAAGAAGGAUAAUGACGAAACCCAGGAGGAAUCCACCCCCAAGAAGGCCACGCCUCAGAGUAAGAAGCGCGCUCGCGCUGAGCCCAAGGAGGUGUCCGGCUCUGAAGCUGAGGCAGAGGACACCAAGGAGAAGCCCAAGACUAAGAAGGCCACUCCCCAGACCAAGAAGCGUGCUCGUGCUGAGCCUAAGAAGGAAGCCGAUUCUGACGCUGAAGUAGAGGCUACUAAAGAGACGCCCAAGGCCAAGAAGGCUACUCCCCAGACCAAGAAGCGUACUAAAGCUGGAGCCGAAGCCGACGCUGAUGAAGCUAAAGAAACGCCCAAGACUAAGAAGCCCCGUAAGAACAGUGCUGCCUCCAAGCAAGCACCUGUCGAGGAUGAAGAGUCUGAUGCUCCUCUUGUCGAAACGAAUAAGAAGCCAGCCGCCACCAAGGGCAAACGUGGCAAAGCUGCUGCUGCUCCUGCCGCUGCGGAGCCCGCCACUACUCGUCCCACCAGGGGCAGACCCGCAACAAAGAAGAAGCAAGCCCCCGUUGCUGACGAUGAGGGUGAAGCUGAGCCUGAGCCGGCCGAGAAGCCGAAGCGGACAUACAAGAAGAGAAAGUCUACCUGAAGAAUUGGUGACGUCUCUGAACUGAGGUAUUAGUGCGCUGGUCAUGUAAAGGAAGGUGUGAAGGGGGUGCUUUAUCUCGGUUUAUGCUAUCAUUUACCUUUCUUUCAUAUGUCGUGUCUUCUAAUUUUUAUUUUCUCUCCUGUUAUGUGCUACCUGUGACAUUGUUAUCGGCGUCAACUUUGUGCAUUUCUACACUGUCACU